CCUGCAAUAAACUGCUUUCCUUGUUUCCUCAGGAAAGGAGAUGUAGCGUUAUUGAACUGCACAGCCAUAGUAAAUACCAGUAAUGAGUCUCUCACAGAUAAGAAUCCGGUAUCUGAAAGUAUAUUCAUGCAUGCUGGGCCUGACCUGAGGGAUGAACUCCAGAAGCUCAAAGGGUGCAGGACAGGCGAGGCUAAACUCACCAAAGGGUUUAAUUUGGCUGCCCGUUUCAUCAUUCACACGGUGGGACCCAAGUACAAAAGCCGGUAUCGCACGGCAGCCGAGAGCUCUCUGUACAGCUGUUACCGCAACGUCCUGCAGCUCGCCAAGGAACAGGCAAUGUGCUCUGUAGGAUUUUGUGUCAUUAACUCUCUGAAAAGAUGCUACCCCUUGGAGGAUGCAACGCACAUAGCGCUGCGCACAGUUAGAAGGUUCCUGGAGAUUCACGGGGAGACUCUGGAGAAGGUGGUGUUUGCGGUCUCUGAGCUUGAAGAGGCCACUUACCAGAAGUUGCUGCCUCUGUAUUUUCCAAGAUCGUUGGAAGAAGAGAUACAAUCCUUGCCUUACCUCCCUGCAGAUAUUGGCAAUGCAGAAGGAGAGCCUGUAGUACCAGAGCGGCAGAUCAGGAUUACGGAAAAGCCAGGUGUUCCGGACGAUGCUUCAGAUGAAGAGGGUCUGGAGGCAGACCUGUCUUUCAUUGGUUCCCAUGCUUUUGCCCGCAUGGAGGGAGACGUUGAUAAACAGAGGCGCCUCAUCCUUCAGGGACAGUUGUCAGAGGCGGCGCUGCAGAAACAGCAUCAGAGGAAUUAUAAUCGCUGGCUGUGUCAGGCAAGAGCUGAAGACCUCUCUGAUAUUGCUUCUCUUAAAGCCUUGUACCAGACAGGUGUAGAUCACUGUGGCCGCACGGUGAUGGUGGUGGUUGGAAGGAAUAUCCCUGUAACAUUGAUAGACAUGGAAAAGGCUCUUCUGUAUUUCAUCCACGUCAUGGAUCAUAUUGCAGUGAAGGAGUAUGUCCUGGUGUACUUCCACACGCUCACAAAUGAUUACAAUCAACUGGACUCUAACUUCUUGAAGAAACUCUACGACGUGGUCGAUGCCAAGUACAAGAGGAACCUGAAGGCACUGUACUUUGUCCACCCAACAUUUCGCUCAAAGGUCUCGGCAUGGUUUUUUACAACCUUCACGGUCUCAGGGCUAAAGGACAAAAUCCACUAUGUGGAAAGCCUCCAGCAGUUGUUCACAGCCAUACCCCCGGAACAGAUCGACCUCCCCCCUUUCGUCCUGGAGUACGAUGCCAGGGAAAACGGGCCUUAUUACUCUUCCUAUCCUCCGUCCCCUGACUUGUGAGCUGCAGUCCUGCCAUGCUGCUAGUUUCCCAUGGAUCCAAUGACCGGCUGCCUGCCAAAACCUGUGCAUUUGCCCAUGUACAGAAUUCAGAGAGAGGGUUUUCCUCCCCCAGCUCUGGUAUUUUUUUACUGAUGAGAUAUUUUCAAGCACUCAAGCAAUCAGAGAACUUUGUGCCACUGUGAACUGUACGACUAUUUCAAAUAUAUUUAUCCAAUGGAA